CCACGUUGUCAUAUAAUUAGGGAGUUCUGUGGUACCCAUUUGCCGUGAAUUAGAACUUUUAGGGGCCUGGGCACUAAAAUAUGUAAGAGGAAGCCAUUUUCUUUUGAGACAUUCAAAGAUCAUCGAUUUCUCGUGUUUUGGAGUGAUAUUUUUCAAUUUUUCGACCUGAUGUUUACAGCUGGGGUAUUUAAAAAUGGCGUCAGUUAGAGUGAGAAGAAAUCGGCAGCGAAAUCUAACGGUAGAUGAAGUUUUAUCGAGUGUUUUUGACGAAAACACAACAGAUUUGGACUCUUCUGACUCGGAGGAUGGCGAAGAUGAAUUACCAACGUUAUUCCCGGCAAUUCCAGCCGAUCUAGAAGACGAUUCUGUCGAAAGUGUAAGCUCUUAUGAGGACUCCAGCAGCUCUUCGAGUGAUUCAGAGUUUGAUCGACGUCAAAGUGUGACAAAUCAGCGACAAGAGAAAGCGAGAAAUCUUCGUGAAUGUUCACAAAAUGCUCGAAGAACUAUUCGAGGGGUUCGCAGAGGAAGAGGUGCCAGGCGAGGCAGAGCAAUUUCAGUUCAACAAAGGAGAGAAAUCCAAGAUGGCGGCCGUCAACAAUAUAUUUGGUCGAAAGAGGUCAACAGAAGAAUUUUAAAACCGUUUACAAAUGCUGUUGGGCUGGCAAAUAGAGGACAGAGGAGGGAGAAAUCUGCUCUUGAGUAUUUUGAAUUAUUUUUUGACCAAGAGGUUUGGGAUUGCCUCGUCACUAUGACCAACCUGAAUGCAGAGAGGAAGGGAGCCAAGGGUACUAGUGGUGGACAAUGGAAACCAAUAACACAGGAUGAAAUGAAGGCCUUUUUUGGCUUGAACAUUGCUAUGGGAAUUGUUAAACUUCCUGAGGCAAAAAUGUAUUGGCAGAAGAAAAUAUGGCUCUUGACUGUUCCCUCAUUCAGUCAAGUCAUGUCUCGUAACAGAUUCUUUCAGAUUCUACAGUACAUUCAUGUCUCAGAUGACUCCAACAUUGUGCCUUCUGCGCAACCUGGUUAUGAUAAAUUGCAUAAAAUCAAGCCACUUUUGAAUCUUCUUUUCCCUAAAUUUGAAAAUGCCUACAAUCUGCACAAAAACAUUUCAAUUGAUGAGUGCAUGAUUCCAUGGAGAGGACGUUUAUCAUUUCGCCAGUUUAUUGCGAACAAACCUGUCCGGUUUGGUAUCAAGGUUUGGGUGCUAGCCGAUUCUGAAUCAAAGUAUGUCUACCGACAGCAACUGUACAUUGGAAAGAAUCCUGGGGAAAGAGCUGAGGUUGGACUGGCAGCAAGGGUUGUAAAAGAGCUGUGUUCAGGCCUUGAAGGUAUGGGACAUCACCUCUAUACUGACAACUAUUAUACCAGUGUUGAACUCUAUCAGUUCUUGUUUGACAACCAAAUAUAUGCAUGUGGAACAAUAAAGGGAAACAGAAAAAACUUUGCAAAGGAGGUUCUAUUUGAGAAUACAAGAGGACUUGCUAGGGGUAGUAGUAAGUGGCUUAUGUGUGGACCUCUUCUGGCAGUGGGGUGGCUUGACAACAAGGCUGUAUAUUUUUUAUCUACAAUUCACCCCCCUGAGUUUCCAGUUCGUGCUCCAGUCCAUGCAAGAAAUGUCAAAAGAAGAGGUGCAGGUGAAGGAGGACAAAGUGGCGAUAUUCCUUGCCCACCCCUUCUCAAAGAUUAUAAUGCCUAUAUGGGGGGUGUGGACCAGUCUGACCAGAUGCUUAGGUACUAUACAUGUAUCAGAAAGACGGUGAAAUGGUACCGUCGUGUACUGUUUCAUGAAGUAGAGGUGGCAAUCCACAAUGCUUUUGUGUUAGAGUGUGAGGAUAGAGAGGGUACACCUAGACCAAUCAGAACCUCUCUGGAGUUCAGAGAAGAGCUUGCUGAGAACUUGAUUGGCAACAUGCGGGUUGCCCAUAAUGCUGCCCAGAGACCCCCCAGAAAUGAGGAGCUAAGACUGACUGAUGUUGGUUUGCAUUUGCCUGAAAUGCGUCAGGAUAAGGGUAACUGUGCUGUUUGUAGUAAGAAAAUAAGAAAAACCCACUCUGACAGGUAUAAGGAUGUGCCAUUGGCCAGAAGACCCAAGGUUCCCUACGUGCCACGCCCUAGCAUCUAUUGCAAUGUGUGUAAUGUCUUCCUCUGCUUGCAGAAAGAUCAAAACUGUUGGAAAGAUUUCCAUACAAAAGUGGAGUACUGGCGAUAGACUAUGUUUUUAGGUGUUUUUGCAUUGACAUUUUCUAGUUUUUAUGAAAUUAUAUGUUAUGUGUCUAAAGAUAAAAUAUUGAUUUUUAGUAUGAUAUUUUUUGAUAAAUUCUUAUUUUGUAAAUUCAAUUUCCAUCAAACCAAUGUACUGAGUACUGAAAUAUCUAAUUUAAAGUAAAGAACAACAUUUAAGCUUUAAUUUCAUAUAUAACAUAAAGUACAUUUCAAAGUCUGGGUUGUCCCAAUAAAUAUUCUUUCGUUAUCACA